AUGACACGAGAAGCAUUUGGUUUGUACCGAAGGUACGCUUGGGGAGCGGCAAUAGUGCACCCGAUCACUCGGCAGCCUUCCAGCGGCUUUUACACCUCUUAUCCAGGCCUAAGUUUAAUCAAUGCGCUGAGCACACUGUGGACGAUGGGUCUGAAGAAAGAAUGGGCGGCGGCUGUGAACUGGGUGGAAAAGGAGUUUGCCUACUCUGCCAUCAACGGCAGCAUCGGCUCAAUGGAGACGAUGACCGACUACCUGGGCGGACUGCUCUCCGCCUACGCUCUCAGCGGUGAUCCGGUGCUGCUGAACCGGUCAGCUGCUGUCUUGGAGACACUGCUGCCCGCUUUUCACCCCAUCACCGGUCUGCUGGUGUACAAGAUCAAGCCGAGCAGUGGACAGCUUGAUGUACAGUGGAACUACCUCUCAAACGUUGGCUUCCAGCAGCCCGAGCUGAUCUACCUAUCAAAACUCCUACCUAACCAUAAAGCAGUGGCACGGCUGCCCGGUAUUCUGGCAAAAACUCGCCAAACGAUGGAGGCCGCAUUUCGACCGUUUGGACUGUACAUGCACGUAGUGAAUGCCAGCUCGGGUGAACCGGUUAGCUCGAUGAGCACGCUGAACAACGGCGCCAUUGACUUUUACUACAACAUGCUUCGUUCCUACGUUCAGCUGGGCAGAGAGGAUGCUGAACUUCUGGAGAUGUACGCUCAGGCAAUGUCUGCCACGGUGAAGGCGGGCAUGUUCAAACUGAUGACUAGUGGUGGUGAUGGGCUGCUCUACGUGGACAGCUAUGAUGUGAUCAGAAGGAACAGCAGCUUAGUCAUGGACCGAACUGCCUGUCAGCUGGGCGCCAUGUUGGCCAUUGGCGCCAGAGAGCUGAAGAAU